AUGGGCAUGUUAUUUGAGCCCGGUGAUUUAUGGGAGUGCCCGGAAAGACUGGUGUCGAAGCGCAGUGUCGACUUUCAGACCAACCACGAAGCCGCCAUUGGGGGACUGGCUCCUGCUCUGAUCAGAAGCUUUGAUCAAACAAAAUUAGACGUUGUUCAAACCGCUGAACUCUGGCGGAAACUUGGGGACUUGCAGCGAGCUGAGUGCGAGUGGAGAAUGGAGAAGGAAACUUUGGAGCAGCAAAUCAAGGAGCAUCAGCAGCAAGCGGAUCGCUUACGAAUGCUUCUUACUGACAAAGAAACCCUCAUUCAGCGGCUCAACACAUCCAUUCAAAGCAUGGAAGAGAAUGGAAAUCAGCCAGACACUGGAUCCAAUAUGGAUUUGGCGGCGAUGCGGGACGAAAUUCGUAUCUUGCAAAUAGCGCUUCGCGAUAUUGCGCAAAUGGUCGUAGAUGAUGCAGACAGAACCGUUCAUGAACGCUCACCCUAUGAAACGCAUCACGUUGCCCUCAGCCAACAGCCGUCUUCUUCAACCGCUGGUGCUGGAACCACUGAUGUUACCAAUACCCUGCCAGGGUCGCAUGUGGACUUCGCAGAAGAUGUUACCAUCCAUAGACCGAGAUCCAUUUUGUUGCGCAGCAGCAGUUUGCUCAGGAGUCCGAGAAGAUCCCCAGGAACAAAAGGAGAUAUUUUUCCGACUUCUCCGGCAUUCGCGGAAGGAACUGUGGCAGCUGUUCAGUCGGCUUUCAACCGUCGACAGUUACAGAUACACGACCUGCAGAUAAAAUUCGGCUCAACGAAAGAGCAAUUGUUGCUGGUUCGGAAACAAUGUGAACGAGCUGAAGAAACGGUGCGGGCGAUGGAAGGUCAAGUGGAUGACCUCAGGUCAGAACUCGCCAAGACGAACCAGAUCAAGCUGGAACUGUCAGCUGAACGUGAUCGGCUCUCGAAUUCCCUCCAAACUGCACUCGAGGACCAGUCGUCGUUGGAAAAAAUUCGAGUCACUUUGAAUGCUCAAAUUGAAACCUUGAACGAAGAAAACAGCAAGCUUCAAAAGCACAACGCUGAACAGCAACAAACAAUUGACAAGUUAGACGAAGAAAAUCAGACUAUAUCGGCCGAAAUGCAGCGUGUUCGCUAUGAUCUCGACGAAUCCACCAUGAAGCGAAAAUCGCUGGAAGAGCAAGUCAGUGGACUGAAAGAAGAACUGGUGUCGCUUCGAAAUGGUUUGGAGAACACCAUGAAGCGAAAAUCGCUGGAAGAGCAAGUCAGUGGACUGAAAGAAGAACUGGUGUCGCUUCGAAAUGGUUUGGAGAAGUCAACUAUAAACCGUGAUGUUUUAGAACAAGAAAAGGUUGAUGUCGAGAACGCUCUCAUGCACUCUGAUCUCAAAAGAAAUCAAUUCGAGGUGGAAGUAACGAGGCUAAGAAACGAGCAGGCGGCAUUAAGGGACGCGUUGUUGAAAUUCCAAACCCUCAAUGAAACACUUGUUGAGGAGAAAACCUCCUUAAACGACCAAUUGCGGCAUGUUGAACAAGAAAGAAAUGCGAUUCAAGCUGAGAAGAAUGAACUUAAUCAAGAAUUACACGCGUUAAAGGAAGAGCAUUUGAUACUGGAGCAGCUCAAACUUGAGUUGGAAAGUGCUCGUCUAAGCGUUGACGAACAGAUCAACGUUCUUACAAUUGAUAAAGAAAAGUUGGAAUCCUUCAUUCAAGAAGGAAAUCGCGAGAAGCAAGACAUGCAAAUGGAAUUUACUGCCAUUCUAAAGCAGAAAAAUUCUUUCGCCGAGGAAUUAUUGCUAUCAAAACGAGAAAUCGAACGAAUAACGUCUAUCCUCGACCAAGUGAAUGUCGAAAGAGAAGAACUCUCGAAGGAAAAGUCUGAUUAUAUCGUUAGACAACAAUGCUUGGAGAAGGAAGUGCAAGCCGUGAAAGAAUCUCUGGGGAUGAUGCGCGUGGAAAAACAGGGGCUCGAAUUUUCUUUAUACGAAACGCAGUCGGCUUUAACUCAGCUUGAAGCAAGAAAAGAACAGUUGGAAGGCGAGAAUCAGACUUUGCUUUUGAAGCGCGAAGCAUUGACGACGCAGAUCAAUCAGUUACGAAAAGAUUCCGCGUUGGAAAUUGAGAAUUUGAAGCACGAACGAGAUUCCUUGAGGGAGCAGAUUGAUCAAAUUGUACGCGAAAAUGCCAAGAAAUUGAAAAAUCUCGAAAAGGAUCUUGAGGCGGAAGUCAGUCGCAAAGAGGAAGAUAAGAGCACUUCGGUGAAAAAUCUUGAAAGAAAGCUGGCGGAAAUGACCACGAAAUUGAUGAAAUCAAAAGAGCAGGCCGUUGCGGAGAAGGAAGAAAGUAUCUCGGACCUCCAACGCCAAGUUCAUUUGAUGCGUAGAGAACACGAGGAAGCCAUGGUUUUGGCCGAAAACGAUAAACAGCAAGCACUAAUGCUGGUUCAACAGGAGCAGACAAGUUUGCAGGAGAAAAUCGCCUCAUUGAACAAAGAAAUUCUGGAGUUGAGAAAUGAAAUUGACCGACUCCGAAGGGAUGGAUCCAAUCGCUCGGAACACGAUCGCUCAAAUUAUUACGUUCUUCAGGGACAAUUGACCAAAUUGAAGAACGAAUUGCGUGACUCAGCAGCUUCUCACGAACACGUUUUGGCUGAAAUAAAAUCAGAAUUGGAAGAUGUCAAACGCUUGCGGGAUAAUGCCAUGAGAGAAGUUGGUGAGUUGCGUGGAAGUUUGCACGUGGCUGAGGAACACAAGGCAAGACUUCAACGUGAGCUGAACGAGGCUCAGCGGAAGAUAAAAGAUGUUGAGGCCGCCAAAGAUCUUCAGCGUCGGGAAACUGAUGAAGUUCGACGACUGCUGAACGAAGAAACUCAUGAAAAGAAUUCUCUGUCUGAGACGAUCGGCGAUCUGAGAGGAAUGGUUAAGCGAGCGGAAAGUGAGAAGAAUGAGGUUAAACGUGAUCUCGACGAGGCGGAAAAAAGACUUGCCGUUUUGGAUGAUGCAAAAGCCGCUGCUGAAAAAGAAAUCAGGACUUUGCGUGACUCAUUGCGGGAAGCCGAACGAACGCAAAUUGAAACUACGCGAGAGGUUUCUGAUUUAAAACGCCAGAUUAAAUCAUUGGAAUCUGAACUGCAAAACCGAUCAGCAUUGUUUGAAGAGCUGGAAGCGAAGCUGAAACGUGAGGAAGAAAGGGGGGAUGAAAACCGCAGGGAAUCGUUUGCUCUUCGACAAAAGAUCAUGGAAGUCGAGACUGAGCGGGAUACAGCCAUAAAAGAAGUGGCGAAUGUGAACAAACGCUUGAACGAUGUGGAAGAUUCGAAUGAAAUGAGUCAGUCAGCUUUUCAAACUGCUCUGGAGGAAUCGACCCUCAAUGUUCGGAAAUUGGAAGAGGAACGCAGAAAUCUGGAAAUUUGUCUCAACGACUCCACAUCGCAGUUGCAAGAACUCAGGGUGAAAUUGAGUGGUGCAGAAAGCCGAGUUACUGCGUUGGAUGCCCAAGUAACGCAUUUGGAAUCAGCCAAAAAAGACGUCGAAGGAAAGCUGACGGCCAUUUAUUCCUCGUUGCGUCGCGUUGCUGGAGUUCGUUUGGACGGUUCUGGCCAUUCCUGGAGACCACCAAGUCCAUUGAGACGUAAAGGACCCAACAAAGGAUUUUCCGGCGACAGUUUCAAUGACUCAGAAAUACCACAGGCCAGAGUUUCAUGGCAGCAAAUUGACAGUGGAGUUGGUAGCGAUAGACAAAGCAUCGUUUCCGAAGUCGACCCUGAAUUGGUUCGCAAUGGACUGAAAGAUUUGAUGCAGCAAGUUGCCUCAAUUGAAAAAGAAAGAGAUGAUGCUCUGGCUCAUUGCAAUACACUUGAAAAAGAACUGAGUGACUUCAAGGAGAAGUGUGAAAACUGGACCACACAAGAUGCAUUGAAGCAGAAACAAUUGGAUGAUUUGCUGGAAAAGAAACGCAGUCUGGAAGGACAAUUGAACAACUUGCAAAUUGCGCUGUCCGACAAGGAAGACAUAGUGAAAGCGAAAGAUCGGGAAAUUCGUCAUGUUACAGAGAAGUUGAAUGAGAAAAAGGAUGAAAUCAACAAAUUCGAAACAGAUCGCCACUCACUUGAGGAAGAGCUGAGUAAGUUGAAGCAGUCUGAAGCUCGGCUGGAAAAAGAGAGACGUAACUUGAUGGAAUCCCUGGAAAAUGCAACUGGACGAAGUACACGUGUGGAAGUUUCCAAAAGAGCCCUUGAAGGCGAUGUUCAACGCUUGCAGAAAGCCUUGAAUGACAAAGAAAGUGAAAACCAG